GUUUUGAUCCGGAACAGUAACGACAUCGGUUUCUGCGGAGGGAGUUUAAUCAGCAGUCGCUGGGUGGUCACUGCCGCUCACUGCCUUGAUCUCGUCAGACCACACCAUGUCACCGUAGGAGACUUUGACAAGUAUCAAAGAGAAUUCCAAGAACAGAAGAUUGAUGUGGAACGGAGCUGGACGCAUCCACAUUACGAUUCAAAUGACUACAACAGCGACAUCGCCUUGUUGUACUUGAGCAGUGAUGUCAUUUUUAAUGAGUACGUAAUUCCCAUCUGCCUUCCCAGCCCCAACCUUGCCGCCCUGCUCGCUGAAGAGGGAAGAGUCGGGAUGGUGAGUGGAUGGGGUGCCACUCACGCCAGAGGUUCGACUCUGCGUUUCCUCAUGAAGGUCCGGCUGCCCAUCGUGAACAUGGAGACCUGUCAGCGGUCAACAGACAGGCUCGUGACGGACAACAUGUUCUGCGCAGGGUACAGCACGGAGGGCGCAGACGCCUGCAAAGGGGACAGCGGUGGCCCGUUCACAGUGUCUUACCACAACACGUGGUUCCUCUUGGGGAUUGUAAGCUGGGGCGAGGGCUGUGCUGAAAAAGGAAAAUACGGUGUGUACACGAGAGUAUCCAACUACAUCCCGUGGAUUAAAGAGAUUGUUGAAAGUGUAGCAGAUUCGGGAAACUUUUCCAUCAACUUUUCUUAA